ACUUCCGGUUAGAACUCUUUAUAGUACAACUAGUUGUAAUAAAUAGCAAAAAAAACAAUAUAUUGAGAUAACCAGCAACAUACUUAUCUUCAUAGCCGAUUUUAAAUUGAUAGAUCAAUUAACUUUCGUAUUCUGGGAAAGGAUAGUCCACAAAGUAACCAUAAUUAUAGAUAUUAUUAUAAAGAGAUACGGCAAAGAAGGUAUUUUAGACCUUUUGAACAAAAUUGUUUUGUUUUACAGAAAAAUCUGCUACAUUAACCUCAGAAGCAGGUGAAGCAUGCCUACAAGAAGAGGUAGACGUAGAUCUACUACUCCCGCUACUAAUGGGAAGCUAAAGUGUGAACCCGAAUCUGCUACAUCUGAAGAAGAAGACGAAGAUGAUGAUGAUGAAGAGGAGGAGGAGGAGGAGGAGGAGGAAGAUGAAGAAGAAGAAGAAGAGGAAGAAUCGUUUAACGUAAGAUCGCGUCCAAAGAGGUCUACGGCUGUAAGGAACAGGACAGGAGAACAACAAACCGGUUUACAUUGGCAAGAAGAGCAGCAGUUACAGAAAGCUCUAUUAGCUUCCAUCAAUAUUGGUAAAAAGAAACCCCCACCUCAAAAAAGUCGCAAUAGUCAACAAACAGAAGACGCUGCCAGUCGAGACUCAACGGAUAGUUCAAUGUCUACUCUGAAUAAUUUUCGUAUCCGUGCUCAGCGCAAAUUUGCAGCAAAUACAAAUCAAAAUUUACAUUCAAAUGCAAAAAGUCCAAGGAAACUAGCUCUAUCUCAAAGAAAAGCUAAGACUGAAGACUUUUUAACGUUUUUAUGUCUAAGAACUUCGUCCUAUGAUCUCCCUCCACAUUUAGAUUUCUAUGCUGAUGAAAACGCAUCAGAGGAGUCUGAAGAAGUAGAAUCGACAAGAAAGAUUGAAACUACCAAAAAUAAUCAAAAAGUUAGACAGCAGCAGGUUAAAAGAGCUAUUAAAACCGCAGCUUUGGCCGCAAAACGAAGAAAAUCUGAUCAACAUUCUCCUUCACCUUCUCGAAGAUUGAGUCGUCGCUCGGUCUCCCCUUAUAAACGGGUUCGGAGUGUUUCCUCCUCUCCCGCUCCAUCACCUAUCAAACGUCGAAAGGAAGAAAUUAUUGAAGAAUCUGAUAGCGUAGAUGGUAGCGAUGAAGAAUAUGAGGAGGAAAUUACAGAACGCGAGUGGCGUCGUAAUAUUGGCGAUUCUAAAAACAGAAGGCUAUUACGGGACGUGCGCGUCAGAGUAAAAAGAUUAGAAGGUGACAUAAUACCAUCUCCUCCUCAGCCAGAACUCAAACGGAGAAGGGGAAGACCCCCUGGAAAGUUGGUUCGCACCCAUUUUACCUCACCUGUAAAACAAAACGGCUUACCAAGUAUGGAUGGAAUUUCUGAAGUUCCAGUAUAUCAUCCAAGCUCAGAGCAAUUCCACGAUGCUAUAGCCUAUAUUGAAUCCAUAAGGCCAGACGCCGAAAAGUAUGGUAUGUGUCGGAUUGUACCCCCACCCGAAUGGCAGCCCGAGUGUACUAUUGCAGAAGAUUUACGUAUUAUACCACACAAUCAGUAUAUCCAAAGACUUAAACUAAAGCAUCCACCGGCUGAUAUUCGACUAGAGCAGAUAAAAAACCACUAUGAAUCGACAUUAAAGAGAAAAGCUCUGGAUGAGAUCAUAUCAAAAUUUGAUAAUAUUCCAACAAUAGGAGGUGUUGAAUUAGAUCUGGUUACUUUGGGAGAUUUAAUAAAGAAAAAUGGCGGAAUGAAUGAUGUAAUGACCAAAAGUAAAUGGUCAAAAAUUGCUCAAGGACUAAAAUUGCACGCUACACUAAGUAUUGUUGAAAAGAAAUUAUAUGAAGCAUAUUGUACAUUUCUUAUAUCAUUUGAUGGCCUCAGUCAAGAAGAUCAAAUUAAAUGCGAGCAAAAUAUAAAGGAAAAGUUGAAAAAAAAUACUAUAGAAAGAAACGAACCCAUUGAAUGCGGAAAAAGCAAAUCUUUAGCAGAAUUUUACAAAAUGGGACAAAAUGUCUCCGCCGGUUGGUUUCCGAGUCAACCUCAUCUUGAAGAUGUCGAAAGGCAAUUUUGGAAAUUGGUUGAUGAAGGAGAAAGACAUAUUUGUGUUCAGGGUGCUCACAUGGACUCAGGUACAACUCAAAGCGCGUUCCCUACUAGUAAGUCGUCCGCUUUUGCCAAACAUUCGUGGAAUCUCCACGCGCUGCAGAAUAGUCCUUGCACAUUACUAUCAUAUCUGGGCAAAGUAAGAGGUGUCUCUUCAACGUCACUUCACUUAGCAAUGAUGUUUACGGCAUCCUGUUGGCAACGAACACCCCAUCAUCUACCAUAUAUUCACUACAUUCAUACUGGAGAACCUACAAUAUGGUAUUCUGUUCCGGCUAGUGAGGAGAAAUCUUUCAAAGCGGCAAUUAAAUCAAUAAGUCCACAUGCUGUUAUGGAUGAUGAAGCUCACAGCGGAUGUUGGUUACCUGAGGACACUGUUAUGGUUCAUCCACAACAACUAUCCCCAAAAGGAAUAAAAGUGUAUAGAACUGUUCAAAAUGCUAGGGAAUUUGUUGUCGUAUUUUCUUCGACAUUCACGGAAACUGUGAGUACUGGAUAUUCAAUUGCUGAAUCCCUACAUUUUGCCACCCCGGAUUGGUUACCGAUUGGUGAUAGGGCAACAAAGGCUUUACGUAAAGCCGGUGAAGAAUGCGCUCUUUGUAUGGAAAAACUUUUAUGGAAUAUCGCUAGCUCACCGAAAGCUUCUCCAAGUGUAUUAUGGGCUGCCAGUGCUUUAUUUCAAUCAUAUUGCGAUAAAGAAUUACAAUAUAGAAAGCAACUAUUAAACAUGGGGGUGUCAGAUGGGGGAAAGAUAACGAAAGAGGAACUAUGCGAUGUUACAAGUUCAAUUUGUUAUAUGUCCUACAUAGAAGAUUGCAAAGAAAAACGAAUUUUAUCUUUAGAAGCUGCUCUAGCAGUUUGUUCGAAAAAAUCUGUUGCAAGAAAUAGUAAACUAUAUAUUCGGCACAGCGAGAAAGAGAUCAAGUCGACCCUUCAAGAUAUGAGAAAAAGAUUGCAGCGACAUCACUAA